AUGGGACUGCAGCAUGAUGGAUACCUCGGUGACCGCAGCUUCUCGAAGAAGGCCAAGAAGGGCAAGGCGGCAACGGAAGAGGAGGAGGAGGUGGAGGAGGUGGACAUCUCCAACUUGGUGGGGGAGAUGGAGGAGGGGCUUAACGCCAUCAUGGAUAACUACGACAAGGAGCUUGCUGUCAUCAAGACAGGACGGGCUGAUCCGAGGAUCCUCGACAAGGUGCGAGUGAAGGCAUACGACGAUGCCGAGGUACAGCUCGUUACCGUUGCGCAAGUCUCUGCCCCGGACCCCCGGACCCUGCUGGUCAAUGUCUUCGACCCCAACAUCGUGUCCAUGGUGGACAAGGCGAUCCGAGGAGCGGGGCUUGACCUGAACCCCACGAUCUCCGGGUCGCAGAUUAAAGUUCCCAUCCCCAAGGUGACGCAGGAGGGCAGAAAGAAGCUGAUGAAGCAUGCUUCCUCGCUCGCUGAGCAGACUAAGAUCGCCAUCAGGAGGGCUCGGCAGCAUUGCAUGGACCAGAUCAAGAAGAUCGAGAUGUCCAAAGACGAUCUUAAGAAGGAGGAGAAGGAAAUUCAGAUUCUUGUCGACAAGUACAUCAAGCUGAUCGAAGACAAGCUGCAAGCCAAGCAGACCAUCUUGUCGGAGUAA